ACAAACACACCGCCGUCGCACUUUACGGCAGAGAGGGAGCGUGUCGCUCGUCCAGGUCCAGGCUGCGGUCAGCAGGAAAUGCGCAUUGGACUUCCCAGUGCAGAGACUCUGCAGGGUGGAUCCUUAAAGGCUUUGAUUUUGACGGUGCUCGUGAGUGUGUUUAUGUUCCAGCUGCUGAGGACUGUUGGACUGAGGGCAUUCUCCAUGGCUUCCGAGACGUACACUUCGGGCACACACUCUGCCGCUUUCGUCACCUGUCCCAACGACACGGUAGCCAAAGAAUUGGCAAGGGGGAUCGUGGAGCGGAAACUAGCUGCUUGCGUCAACAUUGUCCCUUCAAUCACAUCCGUAUAUGAGUGGCAGGGGAAGAUUGAGGAGGACAAUGAGGUGCUGCUGAUGAUUAAAACGAGAAGUUCCAAGGUGCCUGCUCUUGCCGAAUACGUCCGCUCUAACCAUCCUUAUGAAGUGGCCGAGGUCAUCAGCCUGCCCAUUGACCAGGGCAACCCGCCCUACCUCAAGUGGAUAGGAGGCGUCGUAGCUGAAUGAAGGUGGACUGAUGCAUGAGGGGACAAAUUAAUGGAUGGAUGGAUGUAAAAAAAAAAAACGGUAUCUAAAAUAACGUGACAUUUCCCUCUUUUCAAAACUCGCAUCCAGUUUCAACGAGUUAAACACACAGACCACUAUCAUGUUACUGUUAAGUGUUUAAUACCAAGUGCAAUGAGAGGAGACACUGGGUGUUUUGAAAAUAUUACCUAAUUUGCUUUGUACAAUAAUAAUUUGAGGGUUUUUUCUUUCCUACAGUGUCUUUACCUCUAGAGGGCAGCCUUGGCUCAAAGUUAAACAGGUGCAAAAUAAAGUCACUGGUGAAAUCUCUUAUUUCAUUGGCAGAAGCAGCAUUUCAAAAUAAAGCAAAUUAUUAUUUUUUAUUUUCA